GGGAAAGAGGAUGAGGUUUCCGACAGCUCGAAAGGUGCUCCCCAGUGCUCCCGGAGGCCGGGGUCAAAGAGGAAGUUCUCCCAGUCCGAUGGCACGCUGCUGGGCUCCGAGUCCGACGAGGAUUCGGUGAGGACCUCUUCCAGCCAGCGGUCCCACGAGCUGAAGAUACCCAGCACGGAAAAGGAGAGAGAUCCCAGACGAAGCUCUGCGUCCGUCAGAGGUGACGACCCGGGGAAGUCCUCCUCGCGCUCCAAGUCGGACAGGGAUGACAAGUACUCGAGCUAUUCAAAAUCGGAACGAGACUCGCGGUACACGUCCUCCCGCUCUCGGUCAGACAGAGAGAGAAGGCGGAGCCGGUCUCAUUCCCGUUCCCGAUCGGAUCGAAGCUCCCGAACCAGCUCUUCCUACUCGAGGUCGGAGCGCUCGCACUACUACGAAUCCGAUCGCCGAUACCAUCGGAGCUCCCCGUACAGGGAAAGGUCGCGCUACUCCCGGUCGUACGCGGACAGCAGAGCGCGCGAGAGCUCGGACUCGGAGGACGAGUACAGGAGGACACAUUCCAGGUCGAGCGACUCGAGGCGUACGUCCUCCCACUCCUCCUCCUACAGAGACUCGAGGAGUUCUUACUCCAAGUCGGACAGGGACAGCAGAGUCGAGUCGUCUCAUGCUGACACGGAGAGGAGAGGAAGGUCGUCUUCGAAAGCGGACAGAGAUUCAAAAAGGACUUCAGAAAGUGAAGUAACCAAAAGGUGCUCUCCCCUCGAUGAGCUGGGCUAUCGGAAGGGGACAUCCCAUUCUAAGCCCGACAGUAAUGUGAAUUCCUCCCGUUAUAAGUCCACCCCUUCCAAGAACCCCGCACCAAAGCCUGAUAAAUUUAAGAGUUCUUUCUGUUGUACAGAAUCGAUGGAAGAAAUAAAACAGCAGUCUAAUUCUCUAGAUUUAGAGAUCUCUUGUCUAAAGAGCAAUGACAUCAGGGUGUCCAUUGCGAAAACAUUUGAAAGGGAAAAGACAUUUUCUCCAUUAAAUCAGUUAAACGAUUCGCCCGCUUUUAAAAAGGUGGACGAAGCGACAGCGGGGUUUGCUAGCUCGCAGUCCGAGGAGCUUCCAGCAAACGAGCGCCGCGACAGCGUUAAGGAACAAGAAGCGUCGUUAACGAUGUCAAGAACAUGCUUCCCCAGGGACUUGGGUGUAAACGGGUCCCCGGAGGGUCGGGCUGAUGGUUUGGCGACUUCCAGUGCCUCCAAAGCAGAGGUGGUCGCCGCGUCUUCCGACGAUAGCCCGCGUGGGUUGGAAGCGUCGCCUGUCGUGAAGACGAGUCCGGUGUAUCCGUUGCCGCCUAAUGGGUUUGAGAGCGCGUCUCAGGAGCGAGAGCUGGAGGAUUCUCGGGUCCAGUCCAGCGAGUGCAACAGUCUGUUUGGGCAAGCGGAGGCUCCGGUCCUGCAGCAGCAGGGGGAAGCCGUCCCUUUGCCUGUCCUGAAUGUAGAUCAUGCUAAAACUGUACUUAAGCUGGAAGAUCAGGCGACUCCAUGCGACAAAACCAAAGAACCAGUUUUUUGCUACGUGUCAGACGAUGCCACCCCUGCUUUGUAUAACUCGGAAGUUGAAAUCGAAGCAGAACCAGCAGAUGUCAGAGUUACAUCCGAGGCUUUCCUGGACGUGCAGGUAGAGCCGCAGACCGUUACGUGCGGUUAUGAGAGCACGGAAGAUCAACCAAAGUCUGCCUGCGACGACGAGCACAGUCACCCUUCCCAUAACAUCAGCCUGGCAGCGGAAAGCUCGAGCAGGGAUCCCUCCCAGACGGGCUGUUCCCCGAGGCUCCGGUCAGACCAUCCUGUGCCGGAGGAAAGCAUCUCUUCCAAAUGGGACGUGCCACCACCGGAUGGAUGCCAGGAGCUGCUCCAGCAUUCGGAAGCCGAAGAGAUGCCCGAGUUGGGUCGUUCCAACUCGGAACGACCGUCGUUCCGAGAUGAACAUUCGUACUAUUCGGAAGUGCCACUGGAGUACCGCAGCAGAGAGGUCGUGGAAGAAAGUGCUGUUUCCACCGAGGGAGUGGGGCCGGAUGAUCUGGGGGUUCAGUGUCCCAGCGUAUUGGCCGAGAAGGACGAGGGAAACGAGCCCUUGGUGGCUUUUCCAGAUGCCUCGUUUCCCUUUUGUGAUGUCAUUGUCACCGCAGAAGAAACGGAGCCGGUAACUCAAGCCCCGACGUGCGAUAGCAGCGGCAACGCCUCUGAAUUUGUUCCCGCUGGCCACGACGAUUACUCCGACACGGGGGAGAGCGACAGCGAGGGAGGCAGUGAAGACAGUGACAUGGAAGACUCUGAUUCCGAUGACGGUGCGCCACGGAAAAGGCUCCAGUCCGUUGUGGUCGUCCCAAAGAACUCGAGCAUUGUGGUGGAGGAGAACAGCCCUGGCUCCUCACGGGGCAACCAUGGCAACCGUUGCUUCUCUGACCACUGGGACGACGAGCGGCCGGAGCCCAGUAGGCCCUACUACGAAGAGAGGAUGGAGAGCACGGCGAGUAAAGGUGGUCUGCAAGGAGAGAGCAGGUGUUCUCCCAGAGGGAUGGAGAAGAGUCCGGCGACUUCUACCGAGCUAGGAGGGAGGAGGCUGGAUCCGUGCCAGCCUCAGAGCGACGGUGUUGACAGUACGAGUCAGGCAGACCUGACGGCAGACUUCCACGGCAAAUCCAACCCGGAUGAGAGGGUUACGCUGAAGGAGCUGAUGGCCGUUGGUAGACCGAUCAGCCGACAAGACGAGCAGCCGUUCUGUCUGCCGGAGAAUUUCGAAAGUGCUGAUAAAUCCCGACACCAGAUGAGCUCUUCCAAGCCAGACAGCAGGCAAGGGAAGGGUGGGCUCAACCAGUCCGGCCUCGGAGAAUUCACCAGGCUGGAUGGUUUUCAUACGGCGGAGGAUCUGGGUGGUUUGGGCUGGGACUUUUCCCAGCCGGAGAAGCCCAGUAGCACCUACCAGCAGCCGGAUAGCAGUUUUGGGGUGUACUCGGGCUUUGUUUACCAGCCGGGCUCGGGGGUGUACGGCACCUCACAGAGCUAUUGGCAAGGCAAUGGUUACUGGGAUGCGAGUUCCGCUGACAGGCCUGCGGUCAACUACGAACGAACUCAAGGGCAGGUGCCGGAUUCUCUCACGGAGGAUCACGAGGAGUACGAAGACGACCGUUGGGAUGAUGACUGCAAGCCUCAUUUUCCCAGCCCCUUGAGUAAAUGCCAAGUACCCGGGCAGAAGGAAAAAGGCUCGGUGCAGGCCCACGAGAUCAGCAGCAAUUCGACCAAAGAGCCGGUGCCUGGCGGGGAGAAGAAGGAGGAGAUGAAGGUUUUGGAAAAAAAUGAUGCGAAAGAACGAGGUCCACCAAAAAAAAGACGCCCGGAAUUGGAGAGUGACUCUGAGAGUGACGUGGACUCGAGGGAGAAGAAGAAGGUGAAAACGGAGGGGGAGCAAGUGGAGUCGGCCCCGCAGGACUCCUCCAUGGUGGGGCGGUUGUGUAUCAUGGAUGAUUUCAGAGACCCCCAGCGCUGGAAGGAGUUUGCCAAGCAAGGGAAGAUGCCCUGUUACUUCGACCUGAUCGAGGAGAAUGUGUACUUGACGGAAAGGAAAAAGAACAAAUCUCACCGGGACAUCAAGCGGAUGCUGUGCGAAUGCCCGCCGCUCUCUAAAGAAGAGCGAGCGCAGGGUGAGGUCGCUUGUGGCGAAGACUGUCUCAACCGCCUGCUCAUGAUCGAGUGUUCUUCCAGGUGCCCAAACGGUGACUACUGCUCCAACAGGCGCUUCCAGAAGAAACAGCACGCGGACGUUGAAGUGAUCCUCACUGAAAAGAAAGGCUGGGGGCUGAGAGCUGCCAAAGAUCUGCCAUCCAACACUUUUGUCUUGGAGUACUGCGGGGAGGUGCUGGAUCACAAAGAGUUCAAGGCUCGCGUGAAGGAAUACGCCCGCAACAAGAACAUUCACUAUUAUUUCAUGGCCCUGAAGAAUGACGAGAUAAUCGAUGCUACGCAGAAGGGAAACUGCUCUCGUUUUAUGAACCACAGCUGCGAGCCAAACUGCGAGACGCAAAAGUGGACUGUGAAUGGGCAGCUCAGAGUUGGAUUUUUCACCACCAAACUAGUCCCGUCGGGCUCGGAGCUGACGUUCGAUUAUCAGUUCCAGAGAUACGGCAAAGAGGCUCAGAAAUGCUUCUGCGGCUCGGCCAACUGCCGGGGUUACCUGGGAGGGGAGAACAGGGUCAGCAUCCGAGCUGCCGGUGGGAAGAUGAAGAAGGAGCGCUCCCGUAAGAAGGACUCGGUGGACGGGGAGCUGGAAGCGCUGCUGGAGAACGGGGAGGGUCUCUCUGAUAAGAACCAAGUUCUCAGCUUAUCCCGCCUGAUGGUUCGGAUUGAAACGCUGGAGCAGAAGCUCACCUGCCUCAAACUCAUACAGAACACGCACUCGCAGUCCUGCCUGAAGUCCUUCCUGGAGUGUCACGGCUUAUCUCUCCUCUGGAUUUGGAUGACGGAGCUGGGCGACGGCAGAGGAAGCACCGCUAACAACCUGAAGUUGCAGCUGGAGAUUAUGAAGACGCUAGAGCUCCUGCCUAUACCUACCAAGAACAUGCUGGAGGAGAGCAAAGUGCUUCCCGUUAUUCAGCGCUGGGCUCAGACCAAGACUGCUGUCCCCCAGCUCAGCGAAGGCGACGGCUACUCGAGCGAGAACACCUCGCGGGCUCACACACCGCUCAACACGCCAGACCUUUCCACCAAGCAGAGCGCCGAAGGCGACACCGACACCCCCAAGAAGCUGGUGUUUCGAAGGCUGAAAAUCAUAAGUGAAAACAGCAUGGACAGUGCCAUCUCGGACACAACCAGUGAGCUGGAAGGGAAGGAGGGAAAAGAGGACCUGGACCAGCUGGAGAGUACCCCGAUGGAGGUGUCGGAAGGGCAGCAGCAACAAAGGUGCCGCGACGCGCCGGUGGAGAGCAGCAAACCCCAAGCUGCGGAGCUGGAGGCUGAGCCCGAAGCGGAGGUCAAAGAGAGCAACGGUGCCAAGCUGGAAGAGCCCAUUACGAUGGAAACGCCAUCCCAAGACGAAGAGGAAGGCGUAUCCGACGUUGAGAGCGAGAGGAGCCAGGAGCAAACGGACAAAAUUGUGGAUGUGAGCGAUCUGGCUACCAGGCUGCUCGACAGCUGGAAGGAGCUCAAG